AUGGCCCUGACUUCGUAUCUUCAAGCUCUUCUUGACAAACUCCUUGAACGCCAAAACCCAAUUUCUGUCCGCCUACACACAAGUCAGAGACCACCCACUCGCCCUUGGGUGUAUUCUGCGUCAAUAGCAGCGGGUAGGAGCAGGUCGGGCUGGAGAACGAAGUGCGACGCUGGCGCCAUCCCAUCGUCUACUCGUGGCUUCAGUCGUAUUGGCUCUCCGCCUCCUCGCCUCCACAUAGCUCGGCGCCUCAGUCCUUGCACGCUCGAGCCCCACACAUGUGGAAUCCAGCACUACGGUCAAGCAUACACGCGAUACACGGCGUUUGGCAGGAAGGAGGACUACUAG